GAUUAAUAUGGGCGACUGGUCUAGGGGUAUGAUUUUCGUUUCGCAGCAUGUGAAAACAGCUGAAUCUAUGAAAGGUCAGGGGUUCAAUUCCCCUGUCGUCCAUUUUUUUUCAUCUUUUUGGGCAUUGCAAGACCUCCUUGAGCAUUUUAGCCGACUUCUCCUGAAAGGGUCUUCCUAGGUACCCACUAGCUUCCCUGGAUUCUAAUAGGCAGCCUUCAGCGAGCGGAAUCUCUAUUAUUUUCCCAACCUGAACUUGAAGUCGUAGACAUCAUAUAUGUUUCACCGAAGGCCAACAUCACAGAUACCGCGGCCUAUGACAGAUAUCAUAGAAGUCCUUAUCCAGGCAUAUUCGGGGGAACCGUAAGGGGAAUGCUUUCCCCGUUUGACAGCGGUCAACGUCUCAGUGUGGCUGUCAAAAUGUCCACUGGUUAUGCUCUACCAUAGAGGGGAGCGCGGGACUGAUUACACUAUUAUACCUACAGUUGUUGUGCAGUCGACAGUUAAGUUACCUACCGUCUGGGGACUGUCAAUAAUUUCUAGGUGACUGUUGGCAAUUAAUUUUGAAUUGACUGUUUUAGGACAGUUGUACCCAGGGCAGCACUUUCCUUUAAGGUAAUCACUCAUCAAUUUAUCGCCUCUCCCGGCGGUUCUCAAAAGCGGCCUUUGUCGUCAAGAGAACGGUGCUCCAGGUGAUAGGACGACGUCCAAUGGGCUGUUGCUCUUUCCUGUUUUUCUGCGUCAUGAAGUUUGCUGGGUUGGUGGCUUCCUCUCUGGACAGUGUGAGAGUCUUGAUCACUGAUUCAUUUCCUAUCAUCAAACUUUCAACCAAACCUUUCCCCCUCAAAACACCGGGCAUGUCUCGGAACAUCUCUAUGUCUCCUAGCAGUCUUAUCGAUCCCUAACAAUGUCUUCAAGUCCGCCUACCUCACUCCCUAUCAUCACACCUGUUGCCGCGUCACCAACACCUCCUGAUAAGCCUGCACAGAGUCCAGGUGGCGGGUAUUUUUCAUCCAGUUCCCAGACUACGGGACAGAGUCCAUCACCAGGUAACAAUAUUACAAGUCCAGCACCGCUUUCAAGAACUUCCACGCUCCUCCAGACUCCACCUAUCUCCGAAUCACAGUCGAGACAAGACAAAGGAGGGUAUUUCUCUUCCAGAAGAGCUCGAUCUGCAUCUAGACAUACACGCACAACUUCUCCAGACAACAAUUCUGUACCGAGUCUCAGUCCAGGACUUUCGUCUGGCGGGUCUUUCCAUUCCUCGGACACAGGCCACAGCCCCUGCAGUUACAGCAGUGGCGAAUAUCUCUCGCCACCUCAGUUCCAGGGUGAUGAUGACAAACCGCCGUAUAGACCCCGUUCGGGAAGUUCAAAUAGUCUCUCGAUGAUGAGGAAGAAAUUGCGAAGAGCGGACACCAUACCAAACGAUAGGAAAGUGAAGGUGAAACGGCGACACAGGAGGCACCAUGGAUGUCGGCACCAUAAAUGCAAAAAAGAGGAGCAUCACGAGCAAUUCGGCUGGGAUCACUUAGAGUGUCAAGUUGCGCCAACAGCACCGACAGGGCAAAAGCACCUUUGCAGUGGUCAUGCUGGUCAUUUCGUUCCCAGGAGAACUAGGCAUGGUAAUACUGAUACCUUUGGACGUUUGAUGCCUAAGUCCACGCCAGGCCCUGCACCACGGAUUGUGGCUAGACGUUGGAGCUCUGUGGAAAUUGGUGCACAUCAACCUCGUCUUCAGACAACCAUAGAAGCGAAAACUCGUGGCUCGACAGCUGGAGAUAAGAUUGGUAAAUCCAUUGCAGAGAAUCUUGGCCACCGUUAUAGAAGCUCGAGCUUCACGCGAGGUGGCCUAGAUCAUGGCAUUGUUGAGGCAAUACGGGAAAAGUUGACUGUUCGCAAGCUCGCCACAGCUAAAGUCGAAAGCCCGGUGGCACCACCACUAUCAAUUACCCUCCGGCGAGCAAGUGGUGCUAGUGGUGUCAGUGACCACUCCAUUAGAAGCCCGAAUGAUCAAAGUAGCUACUCGGCAGGGAAUUCUGGACUUACAACACCCCUUGCUGGACGGCGACACGUCCCUCAGAAUAAACCGCCUUCCGCUGCAUACUUGAUCACGAGCGAAGAUAUCGAGUCUAUAACUCUUCUGAUCGCCCAAAACCUGCGACAGAAUGUUCAUUCUUACGACCGCAACAGCAUUCUUGAUGACACGAGCUCGACGGCCCAGUCAUCUCACAAUACUCGAACGCCAACCAUAUCCAGCGUCGGAGCUGAGAGGCCAGACACCUCCUCUGCAAACCCGGGUGUCAACGCCGUGGAUUCCCAGCCGAUCAAACCUCAGCUUUCUGAUCAAAGCGAAUAUCUGCAGGUAAAUGAAUCCGAUAUGACCAUGAAACGAUCGGGCUCAAAUAGGAGUGUACAUGAACUUUUGUGGAAAGGUUCAAGACAAUCGUCUGGAAGAUUCUCCUCGACCACUUACGAUACAUCUUCGGAGUCUGGGACUUCCCCGGAAUUAAUGUCCGAAAGACGUGAAAUGGACCUAGUUACUGAUAAAGGAAAUGCAUUCGAUCCAAAGAAUGCUCGUGAGUCUAUCAAUGAAUGGUCUUGGAAACUACCACGGAAUGAUAUCGCGAUGGUUGUUACAUCUUCAGACUCAGAUUCGAACGAGGCCCAUUCAAGAGAGGAAAGAUUCAAAGCAAAAAAUCGUCCUCCGCUGAGGUCUGCGGCAUCGACACCUAAGGAGCGCAUGGCGACCCGAGUUCGACCGUUCCCGAGAUACGCGGCGUCCCAUGAACAGCUGCAAGACGUUGUGUCCUUCCCUCCACUCUCUAAUAGAAAGGCUACGAAUGAGUGGAUUUCACCGCUCCCUGAUAUGGAGAUAAUGUCACCAUUGACAACCCCUCCAUUGACCAAUCUAAAGUCGCUCUAUGGUAUUGGUGUCGACGUAACAACGGGAUCGUCAGGUGCUGCGAUAUCUAACCCGCCUUUGACUUCAUGGAUCCGCUCUGUAGAAGCAUCUCCAUCUCAGACACCAGGAAUAGACUUUAGACAGGACUACGGCUUCGGUGGUCUGAGUGCCGAAGCAAAAAUGCAUGACGACAGUCGUCGGAAGAGCUCAGUGAGACCUCAUCCUAAAGCGGCACCACGGACUGGCCAAACAUUUACUAUGGGUUCUUCCAUAGGAGUCCAUGCAAGUGAACGAAGAAAAAGCUCAUCACCUCGCAUUCAGCGCGUUCGUACGAUUGACAAUAUCCACAAAGGCGAACGUGACGAGCCCGCAAGCCGUUGGAGACCACCGUCUGUUUGUCCACCUCGACUAUCUCCAAGCCAACUAUUCCCAAGUGCUGCCGAUGCCGGGGAAAGUACGGGAGAGGCUCCAGAGGAUCGAAUUCCUGAAAUGAUGAGUCGGUUGCACAGGCUCAGAAGUGGAUUCACAGAUCGGAUCAGUUUAGUAGAGGCUAGGACCCCGCCACAGCCAAAGUCUGAUUGUGCAGGCAUAUAUGGAACGAUUACGGGUACACUGAGAAGAAGUAUCGGAGCCUCAUGUCAAGAUGACGCUUCCAUGCAUGACUGUGAUGAGUGUGCGAAGGACCCACGAAAUCCUAGUGUCGACUGGAUCGGUUGAUUUGCCGGACGAGGGGGAAGACAGCAGUGCUGGAUUUGUUGUCGCAUAGAAUAAUGGAUACCAAAAUAGAAUGAUAACGCUGAGAGCGUCUUGGCACUUGUGACC